GUCUGAGCUCAGUCUGAACUCAGUCCACAACAGAAAGACCAGAGAGAGACCGGGACUGAACCGGGACUAAACCAGGACUGUACCGGGACUGAACCGGGACUAAACCAGGACCAACUCAGGAUCUAAACCAAGGUCUAAACCAGGACAACAAGGAGCGAGAAGACGAGGGUGUAGGAGACGAGGAGAGGAGACGAAGACGUAGGAGACAAGGAGUGAUUGGCUGCUGACCAUGGAGCACCAGUGACAUCACAGGUGACAUCACAGGAGAAGAGUUUCCAUGGCGACGGCGAGCACAGGAAGUGUGAUGCUCCACUUCCUGUUUGGCCUGUUUCUCCUCUCUCCUGAAGGGGGCGUCUCCUCCCUGGAGCUCCUCCCCCCCGCCUCCAGAGUCACCCUUCAACAAAACGCCAACUUCAGCACGGUGUGCUCGGGCUGGAGUGAUGUCACCUGGGCGUUGCCUAGAGACAGCGUUGAGGGCGUGUCUGUGGAGGACUCGGGCUCCUCCUCUGUGCUCCGCCUCUUUAAUGUCACCUGGAGGGAGUCGGGGAGAUACACUUGCUCUGAACCGGACUCGGACCAGAGCCGGACCUUGGACCUGUUUGUGCCUGGGACAGGUCCUUCAGACUGGUUCCUGCCGUCGUCUAACCCGGUGGUGAUGCGUCAGACCCGGAUGGCGUUGGUCCCGUGCUCGGUGUCAGACCCGGACUUGGAGGUGGAGCUUUGGGAGCGCUCGGGACCGGACAGGAUCCCGGUGAGUCCGAUCCGGUUUGAUCCGGCUCUGGGUUUCACGGCCGAAGUCAACGACACGUCCUACAUGUGCAGCGCCCGCCGCGGCCAGCAGGAGGCGCUGUCUCAGGUUUUCUACGUCUUCAGCACCGUCGGUCCAGAGGAGGUCCUGGUGGACCUCUCCUCCUCGGCUGUGGUCCUGAGGUCUGGAGAUCCUCUGAUGGUGAACUGUACCGUGUCUGAGUCUGAGUUUGUGUACUUCUCCUGGCAGUAUCCACGGCAACGCCACCCCGACGCACAGGAGGUGGAGCCUCUGACAGAGUUCAUGUUGAACCAGGUGCGCUCCUUCCUCAACAUCUCAGAGACCAGCCUGCAGGACUCAGGUGUGUACGUCUGCUCUGUGGAAGAGGCUGUUCAUCGGCAGAAGAUCCAGAAGAGUCUGAACAUCACCAUCCUGGACCGGGGCUUCUUGGACCUGAGUCCCUCUGAGGCGACUGUUGUCCAGACUCUGCUGCACCACACGGUGGCGCUGUCGCUGCACGUCAGAGCGUUCCCUCCUCCCAACAUCACCUGGACCAUCGCUGCGGCAACCAACUUCACCCUCAUCUCCAUGGCAACCUGGGACCCCAACAUCACCACAGCAACCACAUCUGCAUCACCAUCAGCAUCCACCACCAAGCUGUCACACACCAGGUUUCUCAGCGUGCUCAGGUUGGAUGAAGUCCAGCUGAACCAAACAGGAAGUUACAUCGCCACGGUUUCCAAUGACGAGGACAUCAAAGAGGUUGCGUUCUGGCUGGAGGUCAGAGCGCCCCCUAGGAUCCGCACGUUAUCAGAGGUGGGUGAGGCCUCUGUGCUGUGUGUGUCUGAAGCAGCCCCACCCCCAAAGAUCACCUGGCUGACCUGCCCCUCUGAGCUCAGGUGCAUUGACGACGGUUGGACAAAUGUUUCUGCCGGAGCCUCAGUCAAAGACAAGGCCACCGAAAAACAAGGACUCACUCAGGUCCACAGUGUCCUGACCCUCAGGUCCUUGGACUCGGUCUCUGCUGUUCGAUGUGAAUCCAAAAACUCUGUGGGACGUCGAGCCUGGGACAUCAGACUGGUGUCCUCCUCUCUCUUGUCUCAGGUGAAGGUUCUCGCUGCAGUUCUGGUUCUGGUGGUUUUGGCCGUGAUCUUCCUCAUCCUCCUCAUCGUCCUGUGGAGAAAGAAGCCGCGCUGGGCUCUGGGUUGGCGUCUGCUUGACUCGAUUACUCCAGAUGCCCCGGAGGCUCCGGUCUCAUACUGUGACUCUGAGCUGCCGUACGAGCCGCAGUGGGAGGUCCCCAGAGACAGAGUCCAGCUGGGUUCUGUGUUGAGUUCAGGGACGUUCGGGAGAAUCGUCGAGGCCACAGUCCUGAGUCUGUCUGGUCCAGAGUCCAGCUCCAGAGCCACAGUCCUGACGCCCAAAGGUGGCGCUCUACACUCUCUUCUCUCAGACCUGAAGAUUCUGAUCCACGUUGGUCCUCACCUAAACCUCCUGAACCUGAAAGGAGCCUGCACCCGCGACGGGCCCCUGAUGGUGAUCUCAGAGUGGUGUUGUCAUGGAGACCUCAGCUCGUACCUGAAGAAGCACAGACACACCUGUGGCUCUGGCCCCGCCCACUCUCACAGUGAGAGCGACGGCUACAUGGACAUGACCUCAGAGCCUCAGUACGUCGCCAUGAAGCAGCUGUGUGUCCCCCAGGAACCGGAGUACCACCUCCUCCACAACACCCCCAACACGACAGAGCCACAGGGGGCGCUGUCUCCAGACGACCUGUCUGUGUCAGAUCUGCUCUUCUUCUGUUUCCAAGCGGCCAGCGCCAUGGACUUCCUGUCGCAGAGAAACGUGGUGCACAGGGAUCUCGGAGCUCGGAAUGUUCUCGUUUCUGACGGGAAAGUUCUGAAGAUUUGUGACUUUGGUUUGGGCCAAAAUCUGAAAGAGAGACAAGAGUAUGAGAAGAGAGGGAACGCCCGUCUCCCGGUGAAGUGGAUGUCUCCAGAGAGUAUCUUCCUCUGUGUUUACACCACUCAGAGCGACGUGUGGUCCUACGGAGUCCUGCUGUGGGAGAUCUACUCUAUGGGAGACCUUCCGUAUCCCGACGUUCCCGUGUCUCGGUUCUGCUCCGACCUGAAGAACGGAAAACGCCUCGAAAGACCAGAGCUCGCCCCCAAAGAAAUUUACGACCUGAUGCUUAGCUGUUGGGAGCAGAGUCCAGACUUCAGACCGUCGUUCUCGUCUCUGGUCGAGUCUGUGGGAAAACUUCUUCCUGCUCAGAGUCACCAGAGAUACUCGGUUCUGAAGGAACAGUUCCUCUCAGACCCUGCUGUGAUCCAGACCCAAGGCCAGACUGAACCAGGACCAAACCAGACCAGAACUGAACCAGGACUGGACCAGGACUCUGCCGCUCCUCAGGUGACUGUGCACCUGUCGGGUGAAGAGCCACAGACAAUAGGCCCCGCCCAUUCAGACGAUAUCACCGAUAUGAGUGAGGUCACCAUGGAGACAGGAGGAGGCGCUGCGCUGGACGCAGAGGACAAGGACAAGUCGGAUCCGUCUGAGGAACAGGAUGUGACAUCAUCGCCGCAGCAGGAAAGCUGUCUCUGAUUGGUCCGUUUGAAUAUUAUGUUUUUGUGUUAUCGUAGAUUUGAGCUGUUUUGUAUCAAACGCUUUGGAUUUUACAAAAUAAAAAUUUCAU